CCAACUUUCAAUAUCAAGCAGCAAAACGAACUGUUUUGUUCAGCUAAAAAUAGCUGGACGGAGUGGACAUGAGACCGGAAGCCACUGCAGACCCAUAGAACUUACAAAUGGCCGCGCCCAUUUUUACGACAAAGGUGGAUAGUCUUGAUUUGUUCUAUAGUCUAGAUAGACUUUGUUACAAAUCACCCCGUUUAUAGACCAAUCACGUCUAACCCCCGACCGAACCUUUCUCAAAAGGCCUUUUUGAUUGCGUAGUUUCCACCUGUAGGAGACCCCUGAUAAAAAGGGAGCAAGCCGAAGGAAGAGAGUUUCCACCUGUAGGAAAACGAUACGUAAAACAUAAUAAAAACGUACUAGUAGAUUAUUGAUAUGAAAGUGAACAACAUAACUCGUGUAGUUCUAUGUUUGAUUCUUGGCAUUUCCUCCAGCCCAACACUGUUAAAUAGUGUCUCGGCGUCAUCUUUAUUAGAUAAAAGAGUCGAUCGCCCAAGAACAGCUCGCGAGAAACACUCUGGGAAACUUCUAGUGCGCGAUCCGUUCACAAACACGCCAGACCUGACGCUCCAGAGGCCUGUCCUGCGGAUCCGUGGCCAAACACCUGCGAGAGUCUCACCUGGCGAGGAUUACCUGCCCAGAUACAGCCGGCUCCCGGAUGUGUCGGUGACCUGUUCACGCUCUGGAUUCGUUUUAAGGGUAAAAAAGAAUUUCUACGGUUUCUCAGCCAUCGCAGAGGAGCUGACGCUCGGAGAAACCUGCAAAGGUAACGGGGUCCUUGAGCCGCAUAACGACCUGCUCUUCACAUACAGGCUCACCGACUGUCAGGGAGAACAACAGGUGUUUCCUGAUUACGUUGCCUACAAAUAUGUCCUGCAUUAUGUGUGUCUGUCACACCGAAACCCACUUCGUUAUCACAGAGUCAACGUGGGCGUGGAGUGUCGCUAUAAAAGGGAGCGCCAUGUGCACAGUCUGGUGGUGAGUCCCACAUCUCGGACCCUAUUGCGCAAACUUAUCAGGAGCAGAUCUGGUGACUUUUGGAUCCAGCUGAUGGAUGACUCCUGGUCUUCUCCAGUCAGGUCUGCUGUGUACCUGCUGGGUCAGCAGGUGAAUGUGCAGGUCUCCACGCGACAUCAUUACCAAGGGGUCAAGCUUUUUAUCAACAGCUGUUAUGCAGCUACAGUCAACACUUUGAGUCAAGCAUCCAAACACAGCAUCAUAGACAAUUAUGGGUGUUUACGGGAAAGCUGGAUAAAUCCAGGUGCUUCAAGAUUCAGGUUCUCCAGGGCAGACAAUGUUGUUCAGUUCUCCUUUGGUGCUUUCCAGUUCAUUGAGGCUCCAGAUGCCCAGAUCGCACUCCAUUGUGAGCUCUCUGUUUCUGGUGGUGGACCUAGUCCAAUGCAGAAGUCUUGUUUUUACGGCCACACCGAUAAAAGAUGGAUCUCUGUGUUUGGUCAAGAUUCUAUCUGUGACUGCUGUGAUUCAGUCUGCAACCAGACCAAAACCAAACGAAUAACACAUGAAGGGUUUGUAAGCAGUGAUCAAGUGCUCUUCUCUUAUCCUGUGACUUCUCCUUUCUCAACUUUGCCUUCCUCAACUCUGGAAUCCAUUCCCAUGGCUCAUAGAAAUGAUGAUGUUAUCUGGUUUGAAGCCAAACUGGCCAAAGAGCCCCAGAGGUCCUACACCCACAAGGACUUUGUUGCCUCUGUUACCCUGAUAUCUUCUGAGGAGGACCAUGAUAAGAGACCGCACACAUCUAACACCAGCACAGUGGAGUUCAUAGAGGACAGGAAAGAGAUGGAGGAAGAGAAACAUGGGGAUGUGGAGAUUUUUAUGGCAAUCAGUAAGAGUAUUGCAGGAUCUGAAAGGCCAGAUUUAGACCCUAUGAAGCAGCUUGACGUUGCAUCCUUGGAUUGGUCUGGAGACAGGAAAAUGCAGAACAUGACAAAGGGUUCAAAUUGCUCACCGAAGAAUGGUCAGAGAGUGGAAAAAGUUCUUCAGGAGGACAAAGGUUCCACAGAGACUUCAGUUAUGGUCAAUGAAACCAUGGAGGAACAUCUUGAUAUGGAUGAAUCAAUAAUGGGAGACAGGCAACUGGAUGAGGUGUUUCUGCCAUCAUUCAUCUCCGAGGAAAAGAAUUCUUCUGAAAAUAAAAAGGAAGGGUUGGGCUUCCUGUUAAUUUCACCAUUUGAGGAGAAACCAGAGUUUUCACUUGGAUCUGAUGAGCUGAUAGAGCAGGGUGUUGUAAGAAAACUAGACCUUGCACAUGACUCAGAUGAUUAUUAUUUUUCAGAAGGAAUUUAAUUCAAAAUUACUUUUUUUUUUACAAAUAAACUCAAACUGGUAACUCAAAUUCAAACUGGUAUUGCAGGAAAUCCUUUUCUUGAUUGAUAAUCCAUGUAUUGAGAGAUAUUAAAUUACUUUUGUUACAUGGUUUCCUGGUUUCCAUGGUAAUGCCUUUUUUAUUUUUUGCUUAAACAAAGCCUUUUUUAACUUGAAUCAGAAUAUUCUGUUAAUUGUAAUCUUUAGGAGAAGCUGUUCAUAUCUAAUGUCAUUAUGGGUCUUCAUGGGCACAUGUUUGGUCUUGCUGUCUGUACAAUGAAAUUUCAAGACCUUUGGGUAAAAUCAGGCUAACUUUUGUCAUUCAAUGCAACGCCUAUUCACAUCACGUCAGUUGGGGAUAUAAAAAGACAUUGUGUUCCUCACUCCCACUGGCCUUUUCAUGUGUGUGAUAAUCUCCACAGCACUGUAAUGGUUGUGAAUUUGAAUGAAGUGAUUGUGUGUACUGCCAUUAUUUCUGCCACAAUUCCUCCUGAUUAUUUGGUUUCCGUUCGCACUGACAUGAUUUUUUAAAAGAAAAAAGCUACAUGUACAGUCAUGAUCUGUGAAACAACACUAGUGAGAUACUUUGCAAGUAUGUAUUUUAUUUUUCUGCAGUGUUUUCUUAAUGUAAUAAGAUACACCUAUUACGGAUGCAAGUAUGACCAUUCUGAAUAGAACAUUUGGAAUAUUAAAAUCAUUAAUAUCAUUAGUGGUUUUACACAGUCCAUACUAAUUGAAAUCGCAAUACAGUUUUAAAAACCAGUCUAAAAAAUGAUUUAGUAAAAUUCCAUUUUUGACAAACAGUUUAGCAAACAUUGUUAAUUUACUGCAAUGUCACUCUGCCAUCAGGUAAAAGUAAAGUAAAUGAUCUCAAUAUUGAAUAUUGCACAGUAGAAAAUUAACAAUGCUGCACAUAACAUGUUAUAAGUGACAAAAUUCUGGGUCUGUUAAGACUUUAGCACCAAAAAAAUCCAGGGGCCAGUUGCAUAAACUGUUCAGACUAGUCUUAAAAAGUUUAUAAUUGUGUAUA